ACUUUAGGUUGUUUGUGGUUCAAUGUGCGCCGCCCGCAGGUGAUGGGUAAAGCAUCUAGCAAGCUGAAACAGGAUCAGUUAAAAGCACUUGCUCAGCAAACGUACUUCACCGAAAAAGAAAUCAAGCAAUGGUAUAAAGGAUUUGUGCGGGAUUGCCCGAAUGGGAUGCUGACUGAAGCUGGCUUCCAGAAAAUCUACAAGCAGUUCUUUCCACAAGGCGAUCCAUCCGACUUUGCAUCGUUCGUCUUCAAGGUAUUCGACGAAAAUAAGGAUGGCGCGAUCGAGUUUCACGAGUUCAUUCGAGCACUUUCUAUUACGUCACGAGGGAAUCUUGAUGAGAAAUUACAUUGGGCCUUUAAGUUAUAUGAUCUCGAUAAUGACGGUUUCAUCACACGGGAUGAGAUGCUCUCAAUCGUUGAUUCCAUCUACAAAAUGGUUGGUUCGAGUGUGAAAAUCCCGGAUGAGGAAAGCACGCCUGAAAAGCGGGUGGACAGAAUAUUCAGAAUGAUGGAUAAGAACAAUGACGCACAAUUAACAUUGGAGGAAUUCAAAGAAGGAGCGAAGGCAGAUCCAUCAAUUGUCCACGCAUUGUCCCUGUAUGAAGGGUUAUCUUCUUGAUGUAUGAUACUGAACAUAAUUAGAUUGUUUGUUUCUCCACGAUUUCUAUAACAGCUAUUUGUUCAAGCACUAUUUGUUCGGCUAGGUAACAAUGACUCUGUCCAUGAUGAGAACCCAUUGGAACAUGUAAUUUCAUUCAUUCCAUUUAUCACAGAGAAUUAUUACUUUGAGGUUGGUCGAAACGACUACAAAUUUAUUCAAAGACCCUAACCGUUACGUGGUUAUUAUAUCUUGGUAAAUUUCUGAGUUAGUAGCCGGAAUAGAUUCUGUAAUGUUCAGCUCCCAUUAUCGCGUAAUAUAUAACAGUCAAGCCUUACAUUUGAAGUUUUAAUCCGGAUAAACAGCUAAAGCUCA